UUUAGAAAAACAACGAAUCCCUAGAAAGGAAAGAAAAAAAAAUCAAAAUCCCCAAAUCGAGCGAGUCCAAAGAAAAAUCCCCAAUUCGACGAGCCCAGAAAAAUCCCCCGAUUAGGGAAAACCUGAAUUCGUUCGCUUUUGAUUAUCCGUCUUCUUUCAGGGAUUUGUUGACCUGCUUGAUCCUAAUUUCUAACCUCGCUUUUGGUUUGAGUUCACACGUGCCGCAUCGGCUGUUCACCGACUUUGUUUCCAUUGUGCAGAAUCCAAUCAUCGUAAAAUCACUAGCAACCGGACAGUCUAAGGUGCUCUAAUCAGGAGAUGAAAUUUGGAUACGUUGACUUCUGGAGGAGAGGAAAGUUAUGCACUGUUUGUUACUGUUAGUUACCAGAAGAACUAGGACAAGGCGACGGAGACUGAAGAGAUAACUAUGAAUGUUCAGGCUCACAUGUCGGGACAGAUAUCUGGCCAGGUUCCAAACCAAGGGACCAUGUCCCAGCAAAAUGGGAACUCCCAAAUGCAGAAUUUAGUUGGUGGUGGUGCAGCUCCUGCUGGUGCUGGUUUAGGACCUUCACGUGUUUCUCCCGUUGACAAUGACAUCUUGAAACUUCGGCAGGCCAUGCGAAUCAGGAUUUUCAAUAUCUUACAGCAAAAACAACCAUCUCCAGCUGAUGAAGCAUCAAAAGCAAAAUAUAUGGAUGUUGCUAGACGCUUAGAAGAGGGGCUGUUUAAAAUUGCUAACACAAAGGAAGAUUACGUGAACCAGUCAACCCUUGAACCUCGGCUGGCAAGUCUAAUCAAAGGCAGGCAGUUAAAUAACUACAAUCAGCGACACGCUAAUUCUUCUUCGGUUGGAACAAUGAUACCUACUCCAGGAUUACAACACAGUGGGGGGAAUCCUAAUUUGAUGAUUACUUCCUCAGUAGAUGCUACAAUGGCUGGAAGUAAUAACAUCACAACUAGUGCUAUGAACACUGGAAACCUGCUAAAUCCUGGUGGCAUGCUCGGAGGUAACCUAUCUAAUGGAUACCAGCAUUCAUCGAGUAACUUUGGUCUUGGUUCUGGAGGGAACAUGUCAUCCAUGAGCUCCCAGAGAAAUACUGGCCAGAUGAUGCCUACCCCUGGAUUUGUCAACAGUAGUACAAAUAACAACAGCAAUAAUGGCCAGUCUUACUUGAGUGUUGAAGCUUCCAACAAUAAUGGUGGAUUUUCUGCUGCUCCCAUGAUGGUACCUCAGACUCAGCAGCAGCAGCAACAGCAACAGCAACUGAGGCAAGAUAUUGGUGGCCAAAAUAGUCGUAUGCUGCAAAACCAUGGAAGUCAAAUGGGUGUUGGCCUUAGACCUGGAAUGCAACAAAAAAUGUCUAAUGUGUCUAACAGCUCCAUAAAUGGUGGUGUUGGAAUGAAUGCAAAAAGCGUAGAUUCAGGUACAUCGUACUCUAAUCCUACCAGAAAUUCACAGCAGGCUUAUGAUAACCUUCAGCGUUCAGGAAUGCAGGGUGAAGGAUAUGGCACAAACAACUCUGACCCAUUCGGAUCGGGAAAUUUGUAUGGUGCUGUAACAUCUGUUGGGAUGAUGACAAAUACUCAGAAUGCCAAUACAGCAAGUUUCCAGUCUGUGUCUAGAAGUAGCUCUUCUUUGCCACAUCAACAGCCGCAGUUUCAGCAACAGCCUAAUCGGUUUCAGCAACAACCUAAUCAAUUUCACCAACAGCAGCAGCAGUUUCUUCAUCAACAGCAAUUGAAGCAGCAAAGCCAGCAGCAACAGAGAUUUAUAAGUCACGAUGCUUUUGGGCAAAAUAACGUGGCUUCUGACAUGGUUACUCACGUUAAACAUGAACCUGGAAUGGAGAACCCUAGCGAGUCUAUCCACUCCCAAACUCCUGAGCAAUUUCAGCUUUCUCAGUUUCAGAAUCAAUACCAGAACAAUGCAGAAGACCGUCAUGGAGGUUCUCAGAUUCUCCCUGUCACUAGUCAGAGUGAUAUGUGCACAUCAGUUCCUCAAAAUAGCCAACAGAUACAGCAGAUGUUGCACCCGCAGAGUAUGGCUUCAGACUCUAUCAACGGUUUUAGCAACCUCUCUGUUGGAGUGAAAACAGAAUCUGGGAUGCAUGGUCACUGGCAAUCUCAGUCACAGGAACAUACUCAAAUGUCUAAUAGUAUGUCGAACGAACGGCACAUCCAGGAGGAUUUCCGUCAAAGAAUGUCUGGAACGGAUGAAGCUCAGCCCAAUAAUAUGUCUGGAGGCUCCAUCAUAGGUCAAAAUCGUGUCUCCACUACAUCAGAAUCCCUUAAUCCCCAAAAUCCUACUACUACCACUUGUAGAUAUGGAAACGGAAACCGGGAUCCGAGAUUCAGAAAUCAACAGAAAUGGCUCCUCUUUCUACGCCAUUCUCGCAACUGCAAAGCGCCUGAAGGGAAGUGUCCCGACCGAAAUUGUGUUACGGUUCAGAAGCUUUGGAAACACAUGGACAGUUGUGCUGCACCUCAAUGUUCAUAUCCUCGUUGCCGCCCCACAAAGACGUUGAUUAAUCACCAUCGAAAUUGUAAGGAAUCUAACUGCCCUGUCUGUAUUCCUGUGAAGGCCUACCUACAGCAACAGGCAAAUGCACGGUCCCUUGCUCGUUUAAAAAAUGAAACCGAUGCAGCCAGGUCAGUGAAUGGUGGAGGAAUAUCAAGUGAUACUGUACAGACCUCCGCUGGAGCAAUAUCUUGUGCUUCGCCUGGUGCUGCUAUUUCAGAUCAUUUGCAACCUUCAUUAAAACGGUUGAAGGUGGAGCAGUCUUCUCAACCUGUGGAUGUUGAGACAGAAAGCAGUAAGAGCUCAGUUGUUUCCGUAACAGAAGCACAAUCAUCUCAGUACGUUGAAAGAAAAGAUCAUAAGCACAGUGACGUACGUGCACCUUCAAAGUAUUUUGAAGUGAAAGCUGAGGUUUCUGAUGUUUCUGUCCAGACACGACCCGGAUUCAAAGAGACAAAAAUUGGAAUUACUGAAAAUAUUCCCAAGCAAAGGCCUGUCAGUCAACCUGAUAAACAAGAUUUGUCUGAUGUCUCACCUAGGCUAGAGAAUACCAAAGUGGAGAAAGAACCUGAAUCACUUAAGAAAGAAAAUCUGGCAGAGUCUACUGAACAUACAUCAAAAUCUGGAAAACCAGAGAUAAAGGGUGUUUCAUUAACUGAAUUGUUCACUCCUGAACAAGUGAGAGAACAUAUCCGUGGUCUCCGUCAGUGGGUUGGCCAGAGUAAAGCCAAAGCUGAAAAGAAUCAGGCAAUGGAGCAUUCAAUGAGUGAGAAUUCCUGCCAACUAUGUGCAGUGGAGAAGCUUACCUUUGAGCCACCACCUAUUUAUUGUACCCCUUGUGGUGCUCGCAUCAAGAGAAAUGCUAUGUAUUACACCGUAGGAGCUGGUGACACUCGUCAUUACUUUUGUAUUCCAUGUUAUAAUGAAUCCCGUGGGGACAAUAUACUCGCCGAAGGGACGCCUAUACCUAAGGCAAGACUCGAGAAAAAGAAAAAUGAUGAAGAGACUGAAGAAUGGUGGGUUCAAUGUGAUAAAUGUGAGGCGUGGCAGCAUCAGAUAUGUGCUUUAUUUAAUGGGCGAAGGAAUGACGGAGGGCAGGCUGAGUAUACCUGCCCAUAUUGCUUUAUAGCAGAAGUGGAGGAAAGUAAGAGGAAGCCUUUACCUCAGAGUGCUGUUCUUGGAGCUAAAGACCUACCGAGAACAAUUCUCAGUGACCAUAUAGAGCAGCGGUUGUUUAAGAGGCUGAAGCAGGAAAGAACAGAGAGAGCCAGGGCUCAAGGAAAAAGUUAUGAUGAGAUUCCCACUGCCGAGUCCCUUGUGAUUAGAGUUGUUUCAUCUGUUGACAAGAAGCUGGAAGUCAAACCUCGAUUUCUUGAAAUUUUUCGGGAGGAUAGUUACCCAACAGAAUUUGCAUACAAGUCCAAGGUAGUUCUGUUGUUUCAAAAGAUUGAAGGUGUAGAAGUAUGCUUAUUUGGGAUGUACGUCCAAGAAUUCGGUUCUGAAUGCGCAUUUCCCAAUCAACGCCGAGUAUAUCUCUCGUAUUUGGAUUCAGUCAAGUACUUCAGACCCGAGGUUAGAUCUUAUAACGGAGAAGCUCUGCGUACUUUUGUUUACCACGAAAUUCUGAUCGGCUACCUAGAAUACUGUAAGUUGCGUGGUUUCACGAGCUGCUACAUAUGGGCUUGUCCGCCGCUGAAGGGCGAGGACUAUAUCUUAUAUUGUCAUCCAGAAAUUCAGAAGACGCCAAAAUCUGAUAAACUACGAGAGUGGUACUUAGCAAUGUUGAGAAAAGCUUCAAAGGAGGGCAUUGUUGCAGAAACUAUAAAUCUAUAUGACCAUUUUUUUAUGCAAACUGGUGAAUGUAGAGCUAAGGUUACAGCAGCUAGGCUCCCGUAUUUUGAUGGUGACUACUGGCCAGGUGCAGCGGAGGAUCUUAUAUACCAAAUGAGUCAAGAAGAAGAUGGAAGAAAGGGAAAUAAGAAAGGAAUGCUCAAGAAAACCAUUACCAAAAGGGCUUUAAAAGCUUCUGGUCAGACUGAUCUAUCUGGGAAUGCGUCCAAGGAUCUGCUGCUAAUGCAUAAACUCGGUGAGACCAUUCACCCGAUGAAGGAGGACUUUAUCAUGGUCCACUUGCAGCCUUCUUGCACUCAUUGCUGCAUACUGAUGGUAUCUGGUAAUCGUUGGGUCUGCAGCCAGUGCAAACACUUCCAGAUAUGUGACAAGUGUUACGAGGCUGAGCAGAGACGUGAAGACAGGGAAAGGCAUCCUGUUAAUUUUAAGGAUAAACAUGCGUUGUAUCCCGUUGAGAUUAUGGAUAUUCCUGCAGAUACGAGAGAUAAAGAUGAAAUACUCGAAAGCGAGUUUUUCGACACUAGGCAAGCAUUUCUGAGUCUUUGUCAAGGGAACCAUUAUCAGUAUGACACGUUGAGGCGGGCAAAACAUUCGUCCAUGAUGGUCCUUUAUCAUCUACAUAACCCAACCGCUCCUGCCUUUGUCACAACCUGCAAUGCGUGUCAUCUUGACAUUGAAACUGGUCAAGGCUGGCGCUGUGAAGUAUGUCCAGACUACGAUGUGUGCAAUUCCUGUUACAGUAGAGAUGGUGGAGUUAAUCAUCCUCACAAGUUGACUAAUCAUCCAUCUUUAGCUGAUCAAAAUGCUCAAAACAAAGAAGCAAGGCAGUUGCGAGUCUUGCAGCUUAGGAAAAUGCUUGAUCUUCUGGUACAUGCAUCACAAUGUCGUUCGCCACAUUGUCAAUAUCCUAAUUGCCGGAAAGUGAAGGGGCUGUUCCGACAUGGUAUACAGUGCAAAGUACGCGCUUCGGGAGGGUGUGUUCUAUGCAAGAAAAUGUGGUAUCUCCUGCAACUCCAUGCUCGGGCCUGCAAGGAAUCCGAGUGCCAUGUACCUCGUUGCAGGGACCUGAAGGAACAUCUGAGAAGAUUACAGCAGCAAUCAGAUUCACGGCGAAGAGCAGCUGUAAUGGAAAUGAUGAGACAAAGAGCUGCAGAAGUCGCUGGGGGCUCAGGUUAAUAGAAAGUUGUACAUUUAGAAAAAUCAAUUCAAGUUGCAAAAACCUUCAUCCUUGUGCCGAAGGUAACAAACAACAAAGAUGUAGAGCCAAAAAUCUUCAUACGCAUUUUGGUGGAAGGAGGAGAAGAAGAGCCAGUUAGAGAGAGACUGAUUGUGAAACUAGCGUAGGUUCGUAAUUAACAGUCACGGGUCAGGGAAUAACACGCGAGCUUAAAACCAAAGAAGAUUUAUCAGUUUGAAGAAGAAGAAGAAAAAGAGCAAAGCCAGACUUCUUCGCAGAUCAGAGAUUCAGGUUUGAUUAUGGGUGACCUUCUGAUUUCUAUACAUACACACGCACACACUUGCUCUCACUUUUUUUUGGUAAUUUAUUGUAUUUUUGUAAAAUUGCCACUUCUGAUUUGGGAGUGGCAAGUGUAAAAUACGUUAACGUGGUUUUCUUUUGUAAGCAUAGUAAGAUAGAGAGAGACUAGUCGUCUUUAGAUUCUCUUCCACUCUCUUUUAUUUUGAAAAUUGUAUUCACACUUUCAAUCAUAAAUAAUUUAGUUCUUCGAUUA